UCUGUCAUCUGUGUUAUUGCCAUAAAACACUUGGUUUUAGAUUUAAGAUUCUGCAACAAUGUUUAAAUUUGAUUUCAAAGUUGAAGUGGACGAGGAAGCAACUCCAUUUACCAACGAAACGAAAGAUUCUUCAAAAGCAGCUGACGAUUCGUCUUCAAAGGAGUGGUAUAAUGCCGAGGAAGUAUUUGCCACAAGAGAUGUAUUGGACAGCAUUGAUGUGUGCAGACUAAAUUCUGUGCAAAAAACCUACAACACAGUGUCUAUGAGAUAUAUGAUAUCCGGAUUUCUCUUAGAGGACAUACGAGAGAACGAUGAUCAAGUGACGGAUAUCAAAAAGGCAGAAGAAAAUCAUUCAGAUCUCAUACCCGCCGUUUAUGAAGGAGGUGCUAAAAUCUGGGAAUGUACAGAUGACCUCUUGUUAUAUUUGUCACAAAAUACGAGUUCUGGAGAAUGGGAAGGCAAGAAUGUUUUAGACCUGGGAUGUGGAUCAGGUUUGUUGGGAAUAUACGCAUUCAAAUGUGGUGCGAAGGUUACGUUCCAGGAUUAUAACAAGGAUGUUUUGGAAAAAAUUACAUUACCCAAUGUUCUGCUUAACACCUUGCUAGAGGCUGAAGAGGAAGAAGAAACUUAUGAUUUUGACAAAGUAAUAGAAAAUACACGUUUCUAUUCCGGGGACUGGCAGAAGUGGUCCAAUCUGACUGAAGGUUCUCAAUUAUUUGAUAUGAUCUUAACUUCUGAAACAAUUUACAACGCCCAGAAUCAUCAGAAGCUUCUAAACUGUCUAUGUGACAAACUGACAGUGGAUGGCAAGGUUUAUGUGGCAGCUAAAACUUAUUAUUUUGGAGUUGGAGGAGGACUACGACAAUUUGAGUCUCUAAUAGAGAAAGACCAAAGAUUGAGUUUUAAGUCUGUGUGGUUGUCAACUGAAGGUGUAAAUAGAGAGAUUAUUUUAUUAGAAAGAAAAACCCCUUAAGUGCUUCCAAAUAUAUAAUAUUUAAAGACAAAAGUUUAAA